CUCUCAUCAAGAGAAGUUGGUCCAAUAACAGAUAUUACUUCACUUAACUUGUCUCUCUAGUGAUCUGAUUGUCAGAGUUGAGGAGCACUCACUGCUCCUAGUCAAUGGAAGGAUGGGAGGAGUGUUGUGCACAUUUAACAGUAGAUCAUGGGACAUUACUCAGAAGGGAAUCAAGGCCAUUCUCUCUGACAAUCGAAUCCUGAGUAUGGACCUUCUUCUUCCCUCCACAGCCAUCACACAGCGUGCUGAGGAAGAAAAUGUCCAACCGAACCACCGUGACCGAGUUCCUUCUCCUGGGAUUCUCUGACAUUCGGCAUCUGCAGAUUUUGCACUUUGUGGUGUUUCUAAUAAUUUAUCUGGCAGGCCUGCUGGGGAAUCUUCUAAUCAUCACAGCCAUAGCCCACAACCACUAUCUUCACACCCCCAUGUACUUCUUCCUGGUGAAUCUGGCCAUCCUAGACCUUGGCUCCAUUUCUGUCACCGUCCCAAAAUCCAUGGUCAAUUCCCUAAUGAACACCAGGGUGAUUUCUUAUUCUGGAUGUGUCGCCCAAAUCUUUCUCUUCAUGUUCCUUGGUUCAGCUGAUCUCGGCAUCUUGACUGUCAUGGCAUAUGAUCGAUAUGUCGCCAUCUGCCAACCACUGCACUAUGAGAGAGUGAUGAACAGGAGAGCUUGUGUCCAAAUGGCAGCAAGUGUCUGGAUCAGUGGGAUUCUUUACUCUGCCCUGCACACUGGAAACACAUUUGCAUUAUCCUUAUGUGGAGGAAAUGUGGUGGAUCAGUUUUUCUGCGCCAUCCCCCAGCUACUCAAGCUUGCCUGCUCUGACUCAGACCUCAGUGAAACGGGGGUUAUUGUCUUCAGUGCAUGCUUAGCUUUAAGCUGUUUUGUUUUAAUAAUUGUGUCAUAUGUUCAGAUCUUCAGAUCAGUGCUAAGAAUCCCCACUGCACAGGGCCGGCAAAAAGCCUUCUCCACCUGCCUGCCUCACAUCACUGUUGUCUCUUUGUAUGUUUCCACUGGCAUCAUUGCCUACCUGAAACCAAACUCCAGGUCCAUAUCACAUCUGGAUCUCGUGGUGGAUGUUUUCUAUUCCAUGGUACCUCCAAUGCUGAAUCCAAUCAUCUACAGUAUGAGGAACAAGGAGAUCAAAGCUGCCCUGAGGAAACUCAUUGGACGGAAGUUAUUUACAACCAAGAAAAUGUCCAUUUUUCUCUUUUGAUUUUAACUUCCUUCUAUCUUUCCUUAUAAAUA